UGUUGAUAGCUUACACCUCGUCCCCAAAUUUCUCGAUAUUGAUCGGCUCGGCACGCGGCUAAUAGACGCGCGUUUGGCAGUCAGAUUCUCGGACCCUUGUCGUAAGCACAAAAGCUUAUGCUGCGUAAGAGUUCUUUAGUGCACAGAAAUAUCCAUGUAAAUCCGAGGUUAUAAAUAAUUGGUUCGGAGAAUCGGUGUUGACUGCAUGUUGUGGCCAAAAAUUAUAGUCUUGAUGAGGUUACAAGCUGGCAGAAGCACGUCAAAGCUGACAAAUAUCUACGUAGAUGUGCCCCGCAAGAAUCCCGCCCAUUUAUGUACAAAAAGCUUGAUAUUUCUCCGUCACUUGCAAAUUGAUAUUUUAUACCUUCAUUCUUCGGAAAUAGUCACAAAGGACUUCUGAGCUUUCAAUUGACUCAGUAUGGCAUCCAAUCCCCCAUCCACCUGCUGCACUGUCGGCGUCAAACAUGAUGGCACACCAACGGGUAAAUCUUUCAAAAUCGGCAACAUCGACGCCUACGUCGCCGAACCCAGCGGAAAGAAUGUCCACAAAGACACUGCUAUCCUCUUCCUCCCUGACGUUAUUGGUAUCUGGCAAAAUUCGCAAUUGAUAGCCGAUCAAUAUGCUGCGAAUGGAUACUACACGCUUAUCCCGGACACGUUCAAUGGUGAUCCGUUGAGUAUAAACCGUCCAGCUGGUUUUGACCUCCAUGCCUGGUUAACCAAAGGAAGUGACGGCAAGAACCCUCACACUUAUGAGGCCGUUGAUCCCAUCGUCGAGAGAUCAAUUAAGUAUCUCCAGGAGCAGGGAUUUAAGAAGAUCGGCGCUGUGGGAUACUGCUUUGUAUGUUUGUAUUCUCAUGCUUUCAAGUAUUUUAUAUUUGUUGGAAUUCCGCUGAUGUCUUUCAUUGUCAGGGCGCCAAGUACGUCGCCAGAUUUAUGGCAGCUGGCAAAGGUAUCUCCGUCGGAUACGUCGCUCAUCCAUCGUAAGUUAUUCCCAUGUUCCCACCACUCCCCCUUCAUUUUUCUCCCUCAUCUCCCCCCAAAACAAUCCCAAAGCCCCCAACUGUCCAACAUAGCCAUCUAACACGUCCCAAGAUUCGUCGAAGAGAAAGAACUCCUCGCCAUCACAGGCCCCUUCUCUAUCGCCGCCGCCCAAACCGAUGAGAUCUUCCCCACCGAGAAGCGUCACCGCUCUGAAGAACUUCUCAUCCAGACCGGCCUACCCUGGCAGAUCAAUCUGUAUAGCGGUGUUUCACAUGGCUUCUCGAUUCGUGGUGAUGUGAAUAAGAAAGUUGAGAAGUUUGCUAAGGAACAGGCUUUCAUCCAGGCUGUGACUUGGUUUGAUGAGCAUUUGCUUUGACUGGCCGGGGUGGAUAUCAGCUAUAGCGGAAAGCUGUGAUGGCUGGUUUUGAUGAGGAACGAUGGAAUAUUUGGUGAUUGGGUCUUGGGGUUGUUUAAUUCGACACAGAACAACUGAUACAGCGCCAAUCAUUCAUGAACCAUCACUCAUUAUACGUCACUGCAUCAUUACAAGCUUUGAGAUCGUUUCUUUUGCGCGAUGCUAUUUCGGCCCCCAAACUCGUUCCCCAGGACACAACUUUUCGAUCGUAGCCGGAUAUACUUUCUACAUCUUUUGUUCCGUUUCUCAUGCCGGGGACUUGAAUUUCUUCCCCGCCUUCCAAACAUGUGUGAUAUUCUUCGCAUCAGCAAACAGCUUGAUAUCAUCUAGUGGAUUCCCUGCAAUUGCAAUCACAUCCGCAUCAAAUCCUUCCUUCAACAGUCCACUCGUCUUCGCAAAAUUAUCCCCCAAAGUCUCCGGUCCCAUCGCCGUAGCAGCCUCUAUUGCCUGCAGUGGACUCAUCCCCGCCUCAACAGCAUAAAACAACUCCUUCCCAUUCCUUCCGUGAGUAUUAUACGUAUCUCCCAAACUCGUCCCCUGAUCCGUUCCCAACGAAAUCCUCACCCCACUCUUCACAGCCAAUUUAUACGCCUUUCUAUGAACCGCCGCUGUAGCAAUCAUCUUCGCACGAUUGAUUGGCGGCAAGUCAUCCAGAUUCUCCAUCCCUCCCUCAACAACCAAACUCGUCGCCACAAGAAUCGCAUUCUUCUCCUUCAUCAACUUCACACACUCCUCAUCCAAAAAGCUCCCAUGCUCAAUAGUCCUGACACCCGCAUUCAACGCAUUAAUAAUCCCAUCCUUCCCGUGACAAUGAGCCGCAACGACCCUCUUCGCCCUCGCCGCCUCCUCAACAAUAGCUUUCAGCUCAUCAGGCGAGAACUCCGCCGCCUCAGGAUCAUCGAUGAGACUAUACACGCCGCCCGUAGCACAGACCUUAAUCACUUUCGCGCCCCUUCGAAUCAUCUUCCUCACCGUGCGAAUACAAUCCGGCACGCCAUCACAAACCGCAAAUGGAAUCCCUCGCUUCGCACAAGCAUCUAGCACCGUCUCGAUGGGCAAAUCAUGGAUAUCGCCAUGUCCGGCCGUCAUGCUCAGAAUCCCAAUACUUGAGUAAACAUUUGGCCCCACAAUACUGUCUUCUUCGAUUGCGGGGGACAUUUCCCCGGCGUACCCCGCGAGUUCACGAACAGAAGUAAAGCCCGCCAUGAGUGUCCGCUCAAGAUCCUUCACGAUUCGAGCGGCGGAUAGGACGGCGGACUGGCUGAUUAGUGAGGUGAAUGAGGAGAGGCUGGAGACGCCGAGGAAGUGGACGUGGCAAUCCCAGAGGCCGGGGAGGAGAGUGUCGACGUGUGUGAAAGGCACGGCGCUGUAUUUUGCGGGGAGAGAAGUGUGAGGGCCGACCCAGACGAUGGAUUUUUCAUGGAUAAUGAGGGUGCCAUUCUUGAUUGGGGAGCCGCGGCCCGGAAUGAGGAGGUUGGAUUUUAUGCCGUGGAGUUUGGGAGUUUGAGAGGAGGCAUCUUGGGAGAUGCUGCGGUCGAUGGUGGCUUGAGGGAUGAUGAUCAUUUUGGUAAUGUUAUAUUGUUGCUUAUUUGGUGUUGAGUUGAGAGGAAAGGUCAAGAGUGGGGAUUGACGUAUAGAUAUAACAUCUGUUCUAGAUCGACAAGCCUGCCCCAGCUUACGUAAGAAAACAACUACCUUCCUGAUUGAGAACGAUGUAACUGAAGGAAUGCGAAUCUUUAUUGCAAAGAAUUCUACGUGGUUAAAUUAAAUUCGGUUCUGAGAUUAUCAGUGGCGUGUUCAUAGCAUAACGCGUGAUUGCCCUCUUUGAAAGAAUUUCACAGCUUCAGGUUAUCAACAAGGCGGAAUUAAGCGAGCUUCCCCCUUUUUCACCGCUGUGAAUGAGCAACAUCCGAACCUCUUUGGCGCACUCCUCGUCUAAUGUGUUUACGGAAAAAGAACGUGAGACUCAAGAAAAGUGGUGGCGGGUUCGUGUCCAUGUCCGUUAGAUCCCAUCCAGUACAGAAGCUCGCACGACAUCUGGGGUCCGGCUUCAGUGCAGCGUAAACUCUAUCACUUCCAAAGUCGGCGCGUCUACGGCAUCAGUCAUCUCUCCAUUCAUCACCCCCCUCAGAGUAGCACGCCCCAUAUCAGGAUGAACUGUCAUCCCCCUACCGCAGAAAUUACGCAGUAAAGGUUACCGCCCAGCCUUUCGGUCGUCUGGUCUUGCUUGAAGUGGGGCCAUAUCGACUGGAAAGAGGGAGGGGUAAAUGGAUUUAUGUUGACGCUUGUUGAGAUGAAGGUGGACAAUUAUGCAGGACUGGGCGAAGGGGUGGCGUGCAUUGAGUGCGCUAAACAUUGAAGUGGCGACCAUACCUGCUUUCACCCUCUACGACUCAUCGGAGAAUUGCUGUAGAAGUCGAAAUGUUCACUUGAUGAAUUCCAAAAAAGUUGGGGAUGAUAAAUGGGCGACAUGUUCUGGUGCCUGUCCCCCGUCAAAUUGGCACUGGCAAAAAAAGGCGGUGACGAAUGACCGGUCUUCGAACAGCCUUGGGAAAUAGUCAAGUAAUCAUAACUAUGUCUGUAUCUGCAUCAUAUAAGCC